UUGUGGAAAGUGCGCUCCCCGGUAAAAAAUCGAAAAAAAGAGUGUUUAAAAGAGUUUCCAGCAGCUCACUGCGUCAGCAGUAUCGACGGCAAUCAGAUAAAGCAGUUCGCACAAUCAGACAAUGGCCGAUGCGACACCCGACGAUUUGUGGACACCGUACAAGUAUCUGCUGAACAGUGUGGAACACUGCUUGUUGCCGCAAGAUGAGUUGGCCGACACGAACAACGCCGUCAACCUGGAGGCGCUGCUGCGGAAGUACAAGCAAAACUUCAUCUCGCUGCUCAAGAACCCGCCGAAGAACGCCAAGUGCCGGGAAGCGAUCAAACAGGGCAUCACCGACGGAAUUACGCUGCCCGAGUUUGGCCACACGAUCCUCUCGAAGGAUCUCGUCGAUGAGAGCAUCAUCCUUUCCGAUAUGUUCGAUCUGAACGAGUAUGUGGCGCUGGAAUUGCUCUGUACCUCGCAGCAACAGCUCGUUAACCAUCCGGGCCUGACGAGAGGUCUGGUGGCGGUGCUGCUCUAUUACGAUGGUCGCAAAUCGCUCGUGGCGAGCUUGAAGCAGCUGCUGAAAUCACGGGCCGGUGUCUCGUGGUGUACGGAUGCCUCACCGGAAGUAACGCAGAUCGUCACCAGCUACACCGACGGUCUGCUUGCGGAUGGCUUGCUAGAGCGUAUCAUCGAUCUGCUGAACGAACUGGACAUCACGAAGGAGCUCGAUAUCCUCACGACAAACCGUGCGCUUGGUCCACCGAAGCACCAUCGACAAGUGUUGGAUUUGUUCGACGAAAUUCGGCUGCAGUUGGCUCAGUGUUUGUACUUUUGUGCCGCUCAAGCCGGUCUGCCACGGAAUGCGACGGUGCAGUUAAUCCAGUAUCUGCGGAGUUACAAAUACGCGGAAUCGGGCGGAGAAAUUGACGACGUGACGGUCACGCUACAGAUGGCACUGCUUUAUGCACUCGAUCUGAGUGUCUUGCAGCGGCGAGAGGAUGGCGAGGAGUUGGUGAAGCAGCUGCCGAUGAUCAAAGAUGAGCUGUACAUCGACUUCCUCAUGGACGCCCUGUCCAGUAGCUGGGAGAACGAUGGUCUUCACGCACUGUCGCUGUUUGCAUUCGGAUUAUCCAUCGCUACGCUACGCUUGGCACCACAAACGCUGUUUCAGGACACGGCCAAAAUCAUCGAUCAGGAUGAGCUGCUCGUGAAUGGCGCAAUCCAGGGAAAAGUGUUCGAUUUCCUGUACUAUACGUUCUUCGAGAGUGAUCUCAUCUUCGAAACGGAGUUCUUCUACCGACGCAUCCACACACUGUUUGCCGAUUUCAUCGAACUGAUGCACUCAAAGGUGACGGAACUGCGUGGAAGGGCCGAUGAGACGGCACGAACUGUUCAGCUCUACCAGCAACAGGGCAUCGAACCUCCGGCGAAUCUGUGUCGCAAUUUUGAAACGCUCCUCCUGGCCGUGGGCAAGUUCUACGGCAACGAUCGGUUACAGCUUCACCUAAGUGUUGAGUACUGGGGCCCAUCUGAGUUCAUGUCCAGCGCGGCCCUUCGCUCCUCCUCUCGUUCCGUUUGUCUGUUCAAGUUCAUCCGUCUUGCCGGAGAGUUGCUUCCACCGACGCUGUUCAUACCGUAUCUGAAAAUGUUGGCCGGUCUCAGCUGCAACCCACAGUCUGCACGCAGUGCCUUUAACUUACUGCGCCACAGCUCCAUGGUUCAUGCGUACUCGCAAACGCUGCCAAACUCGGGCAGCAGCACCGUCUCGUGGGAUCAUUUCUUCAACUCCCUGAUCGCAUACUUCCACAACUUGCGCCAGGAUCAAACGGCACACACGGAAACGGUGUACCGAAACCGGGCCAUCAAUCGCAGCAUCAAUCCGCAAGAGAUUCUUGGCCUGCAAGCGGUACUGCAGGUGAUCCAAUCUGUCGCCCGCUACGACGAAUUGUCCCGCGUGGCGCUCUGCGAAAACGAGAAAUGGAUCCCUCUGAGUGUGCUCGUUGGGCUCAUCAGUUGCUCGGUACCGAUUCAACUGAAAGCCGAAAUAGUACGCACACUCGCCGCGUUGGCCAACAACUUCGAGAACGCGCUGCAACUGUGGAGCAAUCUGGAGGACGUGCAGAUCAUUUCGACCGUACCGACGACGAGCAACUUCCAGACACGCGGUGUCCGAUCAGAACUGGAAGAGGUCGAAAGCCGGAACGAAGCGUACCCACUAACGCAAGCGAUGCUCGAUUUUCUGGCCGUGCUGAUGCGUACGAUCGUGCCCGAAAAUCUGGGCGAAGGUAAACGAGCCCCCGGCAUUGCACCCUACCUGUCGUACGUCAUCGAUGUCGUGCUGUUGCAGGUGUUCAGUCGUAACUACAAAGAUCCGGCCGAAAAGUGGCAACUAACACAAAAGUGUCUGCAGAUUUUGCACUGCUUCUUGCGUGACUACAAAUGCGAAGUAACACCCGUGUCCACGAAGCAGAUGAAAGAAGGACGCACACCACCGGCCUAUGAUAUUUUGCUG